CGAGUUCCCAGCAGUCUGUGAAUAUUGUGUGAUGAAAGAGAAGCAGCCUUAAUGAUCCCGAUGGUGGUGGUGGUGGUGUGUCGUCAGCUGGAAAUUUCCGGAAGUUAAACGUCGUCAUUUUCGUUUAUAUAAUAUAAUACGGUGGAGUCCGUUAACAGAACAUUGUAAAAUAAAAUGAAUGAGGAUAGGGACAAAGAAGAUGACCCAAUUGUAGAUUUUUGGAUAGCUAAUUGGGAACAGCAAUGCGUCCAACAUCUUGAAAGUGAACCUGAUUAUGAAGGGCAGCUUCAAAGUGAACGAGACUUAGCACACCAAAAAGUGUGGUUUUCUUUUCAGAACACUGCUACAGCUAUAGCACAGUUAUACAAAGACCGACUACAAGGUGUGUCGUUGUGGGUACCUUUUCAAACAGCCGCUGGUACCGUAGCAGCUUUAUAUAAAGAUUCUUCAGAUGCCAUACGGCGUACUAGUGAAUUGGGCGUUCAGUGUGGUUACCAGCGGCGGAACAAGGAAAUACUUAGUUGGGCCCGUAAAAAGCGUAGACACAUUCGGCGGGAGGAUCUGUUAGCUUACUUGGCAGGAAAAUCUCCACCACCACGACCCCACCAUCAUAGAAGUUCCCCUCGGCCAAGGAUGAUGCUUGCUGAGCGUCAUGGUUCCCCCAACUCUCACCAGAUGGAAGCUCACUCCGAGCUCCACCACCAUGCUAGUGCAGCCACAGUUGGUAAUAAUGCUGAUGACAACCUUCAUACUUUCCGGGAAGCUUUGGCAAUUUCAAAUUCUACAAUGGGUUUAGCUAGGCGGCAGCGCUCUUUGGAACUGAAUUCAUUCAUUGCCAACGAGUUUGCUCGUCAUUGUAAGCGUCCAGCACCACCCAGCUCACCACACGAUGUCACAAUGGAUUCGCCUACCCAUAAACGAUCACGGCUUAUGUAAAUAAAUAUAUAAAACGGUAAGGCUGAAGAUAAGUUGGAAAUGGCUUGUGCCCCCCCUCACCAUGCCUGAAGUCUGCACAUAAUCCCACCACUGAUGCCAACCCAAAAGAAGAAGUUUCAAAAAACCAACAUGCAUGAGACAUUUCACUGAGGUAAAUGAACAUUAAUUUUGCAUAUGAAGUGAAGGAAUGGACAUAAAGACAUAUUCUCAUAUUAAAAUAUGGCACUGAGUGAACUGCUGGCCAAAUCUACCAUGAUGCCUUGUGUUCUGCCUUGAUAGCCAUCUUUUAUUCUUUUCUUGACAGGAACUGUGGAUCAGGUUUCCCUGCACACACAUCUAUAAGUAUAUUUCUCAAAUUGUUUUCCAUUGUGACUCCAUUUUGUGAAAAGAUAAAUUUGGAUGCAAGUAUAUAGUUCCAUUUUGUUGUCUAAAUAUGUAACUAACAACCCUCGAAAUGUUGCUCCUAAACAAGUUUAUGAAUGUCUUAUUUCACACAGAAUACUAGUUUUCCAUUUAGCUAUGACAGAUUCAUUGGCACAGGUGUAUUUUGCAACUAGAGAUUGAUUGUGACCUUCCAAAUGAAUCUAGUAACAGGGUCUUAUCUCAGAAAUGGUGAUUGAUAUAUGGUGGAACUCCCAUAUAAUGUUCCCCUGUUUAACACUUUUCCUCAUUUAAUGUUCAGUUUCAUUGAUUCCAAGCCAGGAAUCUAAAUAUUAAAAGUAUCACCCUUUAAAGUUUCCUUCAGUUUCAUAUUCAGAUCCACUGCUUUCAAAAGAAACCUUAAGUUGUCAUUUCACUGUGAAACAGCAUUCUGAUUUUAAAAAUUGUUUCCGUGUUAAACUUUAUGUAGCACUUAUUCUUUAGUAACAUGAAUAACUCAACAUUGUUUUUCUAGGGUUGUCUUGAUAAUACUUAAGACUAUAUGAGUGUAUAUUUCUUUUAUUUUAAAUAACAGACUGGAAUAUUCUAGGCUGAUUUUGUGUUAAGAAGAAUAUGUGGUUACUACUGUACAUAACAGAUUACACACUGUAACAUGCACUUUGAUGCAUGUAACAGAGGUUGUAUCUGAUUUUUCACUGAGAAGGCAAGAUUAUGGAAUAAGAGGUAGAGCAUGUUGACUGCUAUAUCAUUUUCAUUAUGUCCUGACAGGAUUUCUCAAACAUGUCUUGAAAAUGGAGUUCCAAAUACCUAUGUAGGGUUUCAUAGCUACAGGAAUGUUCUUCAUUUUGGCAAAUGAAUGAACAUGGUGCAGUGCUGAUUGCUGGAAUUUAAAGUUAUCUUUAUAUUGAUGGCUCAGUGGUAUCUGCUGGACCUUGUACCUUCUUUGUGUAAUUUUCUGGCAGAGUAGAAUGCUUUGUUUACAUUAAAUACUGUCCUGUAUUGUGGUCCCUUGGCCUUGCUCUUUUUUUUUUUUCUAUAGAUUGUUCAGUAACAGCCAUAUUUUUGUCUAUACCAUUUGAACUGUGAAGCUAGUUUAUCAGAAUUAUAUCAUAUACAGACAUUUAAUGCACAUUAUUAAUGAUCAAAUGCACGUGUAUCUAUUUAAGGGUAUAGCAGAUCAAUUCAUUAAACAUGCAGCUUUGCAGUAACAAAAAUUGUCAGUUUUGACAGUCUAGUCCAGAUAUGGGCAAAGUACGAUCUGUGGGAAAGAUCCAGUUCCUGAUUGCUUUUUGACUGACCUGUAGAGCUAUCAUGAAAAUUUGCAUAUAAUGUUACAGUAAAACCUGUUUUAAACAGAAUCUCAAGGGUCCAGAACACUUUUCUGCUGAAGCCAGGUUUCCGUUUAAUCAAGGUAUACUAUAAUACUUGAGCCAGGACAUGUACGUAUUUGAAGCAAAAUAAAUCACCAUACUCAAUUUAUUUAUGUUAUAAUCAUUGAACAUGAGCAAACAGUACACUAAACAGAAAAACAUUGCAGUGCUCACUUUUUAUAAUUUUACCAGAACGUUUUUUUGCACGCAGUUUACUCUCUUGGCUGCCUGACUUUCUACAAACACUUUAGUUUGAGAAAUUACAUUAAGCAUGUUUGAAUCAUUCCAUUUGGAAAAUUCCUGCAGUUACUUUAAACUUUCAACAGCAUCUUGCUAAGUCUUCACUGUACACUUUUUUCUUCUGUCACAAUGUAAUUUUCUUCUCCUCUCUUCCUAUGUUUUCAGGUUCAUAUCCCUUGAUUAUGGAUGACAUUUUAGCUAGAUACUCCUCAAUGGUCUCACUUUAUACACUUGAUACACAACAGAGUUCAUUAAAAACUAUCUGAUAUCUUUUGCGAAAACUCCUACCAUCCAUUAGAUGCUUUGUUUUCAGUCUUCCCCAGUUUGUCAGUGACCUUAUUAGCAUAUUCCUGUACCAUAGGACAGGACACACGGUGAUUUUUUGUCCUGACACUGACAAUCCACUCACAUACUAUUUCAUUAACAUCUUCAUUUGCAGUUUUCUUAAGUUCUCUUUUUAUUUUCCCAUUAUCAGAAUUUUCCCACUGCUUCAAAAUUUACGUUUUCUUGUUUAGAAUCUUGUACACUUGAGUUUUACUGACAUUAAAGAUCUUCAUGAUCUGCUUAACAAACAAGUUAUCUGGCUCACUCCCGUGAAUCACUUUUACUCUUGUCUUUGUAGCCAUGAUGACAAUUGCUAGACUAAAGUAAAAAUGUAGGCCUAGAG